AGGGAGAGCCAGCAAAGAGCUGGCUUGUGCAUGAGGAAGGCUGAACAGCAGAAUCAGGGUGAGAUCUGAUGGGUGUUUGGGAAGCUGGAAAACAGGAUUUGCUGGGCGAGCUGGCUGGGGACGAUAUGAGAAAGGCUUUUGGAGGUUUCCCUUAGGUGAUUUUCAUCAGUGGAAACUUUGCGUCACACAGAACUCCUUACUGAGGUCUCACAUCUGAAAACAUCUUCUGAAGAAGGCUUUGGACUUCACCUUAAGAAAGACAGAUUUCCACUUUAGACACCACGUCAUUUUCCUUCCUGUGAGAAUAACAUGAACCAGAAGGUGUUAGUUUUCCUUCUCCCAAAUUUUGUAUUUGGGCUAUUUCUUUUUGGGUUUUUCUGUAGGAGACAAAAAAAUCUAACAGAUGCUUUUCCCAAUCCUACUGAAAAUUGGCUGGCAAUUCAAAAUGGUCGGAAAACCACACUGGCUUCUGUCUGCCUGAAGAAUAACCUUGAUAAACCAAGAAGCAAAUUGGAUUCUCGUGUUGCAAACCAGCUUUUUGUGGAGCACAAGCAUAAAUUUAUCUACUGUGAGGUGCCUAAGGUAGGCUGCUCCAACUGGAAGAGAACUAUUUUUCUUCUUCAAUCAGACUUGAAUGCAGAAGCUUCUGAAAUUGAGCAUGACAACAUCCACCAUACCUCACUAAUCAAAAGGCUGGUGUCUUACCCUCCCGCCUUACAAAAGGAAUUUCUAAGCAAUUACACCAAAGUGAUGUUCACCAGACAUCCCUUUGAACGGCUGGUUUCAGCUUACAGAGACAAACUCCUGCACUCUGAACCAUUCUACAGUACCACUAUUGCUAAUGAGAUUAGGGCAAUGUUCAGGAAAAACAAAAAUUCUCCUGAAAAAGUGAGUUUCCAGGAGUUUGUCAACUUCAUUAUUGCAAAACCACCACAUACUCUUGACAUUCACUGGAAACCAAUGUUUCUGCUCUGUGAUCCUUGCAACAUUCACUAUGAUAUUGUGGGUAAGUAUGAAACUCUUGGGUUGGACUCUCAGCAUGUUCUGAAUGUCAUUGGUGCACCAGAGAGCCUGCAAUACCCCAGCUUGAAGAGAUAUGGCUCAGAGAAAAGAACUGAUGGUGAUAUCACCUUAGAGUACCUCAGACAACUGACCUCAGAACAAAUUGAGAAGAUCAAAAAAUUGUAUGAAAUGGAUUUUUUUUUGUUCAACUACACUAUGAAAUAUGAGGACUAUUUUUCCCAGAAUGACUAAUGUAGGUUAAACAAAGAGCAGUUUUCUUUGUACAAAACGGGCGGAUCUUGUCCUCACAGGUGCUUGAUAGGUGGGUUGUGACUGCUGCUGAGGUUAUCCUGGAGUUUGUAGAUAUGGUUUAUCAUUCUAAGGACUCUUAUGUAAAAUCCUUGCCAUGAUCUCUUGUUCCAUGCAGACCCUUACCUAUUAAAAUCAUUGUCUUCCUA